GUCUGGACAUCUUCCCAGUGAGUCUCAGCACGCCUGCCUCUGUUCUUGCAGAACUGCCUGCGGCCCGCUCGGCCCUCCGUGCUGCCUCCAGCACCAGCGCUGUACGAGCUGCGUCGGCUGCCGCCUUGCGCAUGCCCCAGGAGCAGGUAGCCGUGGUUCUCCACAAUCAGAUGAACAUCUCCUCGAGGCGUUUGGCAGAGAACGAAGAGGCUUUCUCGAACCUGACGCUCUACAGCCUUAUUCUCGGGCGCAGCAACGCCACAGAGGUGGUGCUACAGAUCCAGGAGCUGCUGGCUGGUGGAAGCCCUGCACUGCUCUUCGAGGAGUCACUCAGGACCAGCCUCCCCGAGCUCUUGGGCGACCAGGCUCCUUCCUUGCUGGCGGCACUCGCAGAUGAGGUCACUUCGGGCUGGAUCUCAUCUCUGCACAAGUUGCAGGACUCGGAGAUCCUCCUGACCUUGGUGCCCUCCUCCGACUUUGCAGCCACCCUCCCACCAGAGCUGGAUGACUUCCUGGCCAAG